AUGGCCUUCGACAUCGACAAGCUGAUCCGUCUGGAGGACGGGCUGAAGACCUUGUGUGAACGUGAAAAAUCGCCUGUUAGUCCAGUCGCCAAGGUGAAUGUCCUUAAGUACCUUCAAGUACAGGCAGUAAAGCAGUUUCAAGCAGAUUACGACGAUUUGCACUACGAGCUCAACAAGACGGAAGGACUUGAAUGCCUUCGCAGCAUCGACCCGGUUCCGUCGAAGGAGCUCUUCCAGCCCAAGGUCUUGGACCAAAAGGACUGCGGUGAGGACGAGCAACUUUACGAACAGUUGCAGUUCUAUCUCACGGACGCUGAGCUUGCAAAGCCGCAUUUGGACGAGCUCUGUGCGGACGUCAAGUCAUGGGAAAGCACUCGACGGAAGGCCACCAGCGUCCUCGAUGGGGACAUCCGCAAGGUUGCUGACAUGGCUAGGGUGACUGUGAUCCUUGCCACACCGGAGGCCUUAGCUAUCAUGAGAUUGCCCAAGGUGAGUAGGUCAUGCAAAUUUGACAACAACCCGCAAUUCUGGGAGUCAUGCCGUAGACUACACCUUCGAUUGCUGUUUGCUUCGAAAUUGGUACUUCAGGCGACUUCGGAAAAUCACAAUGGCCUCGUUGUGCUGGUUCGUUAUUUGUAA